GUGAGGCUGGCGCCAGCAUUAUUCGAGUGUCAAAAGAAGCCCGGAAGAGGUUCUUGGGCCCACUCCACCCAUCUUUCAACUUGGUGAAGACCAUUCGGAUCUGCCUGUCCAAGGCCGUGCCAGAGAAUGGGCAUGAGGUUGCAGCAGGACGUUUGGGUAUUUCCCUGACGCGGGUCUCUGAUGGAGAAAAUGUGAUACUGUCAGACUUCAAUUCCAAGGAGGAGCUGAUCCAGGCCUGUGUCUGCAGCACCUUUAUCCCUGUCUACUGUGGGCUGAUACCUCCAACCUUGCGUGGAGUGAGAUAUGUUGAUGGAGGCAUUUCUGACAACUUGCCACGAUAUGAGCUGAAGAACACAAUCACAGUGUCUCCAUUCUCAGGAGAGAGUGAUAUCUGUCCACGGGACAGUUCCACAAACAUGCAUGAGCUGAGAGUCACCAAUACAAGCAUCCAGUUCAACCUUCGCAACCUCUACCGCCUCUCAAAGGCCCUGUUUCCUCCAGAGCCGCAGGUACUGCGGGAUAUGUGCAAGCAGGGCUAUCGGGAUGCGCUGCACUUCCUGAAGAAGAAUGGUCUCCUUCACCGUCCAAGUCCUGCCCGUCCUCUCCUUGCCAUAGAAGCCCCCCCAGAAGAGGAAAAAAAGGAAGAAACAGAAGCUGAGGACCAACUAGAGGACAAUACUGCCCUUGCUGUUGUUGAAGAGCACAUCUUUGAACACUUGUCUCCCAGACUGAGCCAAGCUCUUCUAGAGGCUUGUGCUGAAAAAAGAAGUUUCUUGACUGAUAUCACCAAUAUGCUGCCUAUACGUGUGGCCACGGCAAUGAUGGUCCCCUGUAUGCUGCCUCUGGAGUCUGCAGUUUCCUUCACUGUCAGGUUGCUGGAAUGGCUCCCAGAUAUCCCUGAGGAUAUUAGAUGGAUGAGGGAGCAGAUGACUGAAAUCUGCAACUAUCUUGUGAAGAAAGCCAAGAAGAAACUGGGCAGCCAUCUUUCAGCCAGGCUUUACUAUCACCUCGAGCUUGGAGGGCCCCAGAGCCUGCCAAUUUCUUCUGCACCGGCUUGUGGUGAAGCACUGCCUAUGUGGAUGAGAAGCAACCGUUCCCUGUCUGAUGUCAUGAUGAAGUGGGAGGAUUACCAGCGCCAGCUCAUGCUGGGCUUACUCUGCAUCAACGUGGACAUGCAGGCCUCCCUCUUUCCUCGGGAAGGGUUUC